CCCGGAAGAUGGCGGCGGGUUCUGGGAGCAAGAGGCAUUUAGAAGAGGAGUGUGAAGAAGGGGGCGCAGCAGACGCGAAGAGACAAUGCUGUAGGACCUGCAGGUGCUCAUCCUUUCAGGCACAUUCCCUCAGCAGUGGAAGAGCAGCUUCUCCAGGCUCUUUCCUGAGCAGCGGUGGAUGCUUGGAUAAUGACUUGGAUGACGCCAUCCUGGCUCGUUCUGAUGAGGACAUGCCAGAUUCUCCCACCGGACUCUCUCGUGAAGCUGAGGAUGAGCUCAUAGCAGAGGAUCUGGAAAACCCCCCAUGUUUUGUAGCAGCUGAAGUAAAUAGCUGUGAGGAUGUGAAGAGGGGUAGCCUUUUAGCUUGUCCUGAAUCUGCACAGCCUCUGAGGGCUCUGGAUGAGGUUGAAAGCACAAAACCUCUUCCUCAGGCCGCUUCUUCAGCCAGCUCAAGUGAGGGGGCUGCUUUCCCGAAUGAUUUGGAGAAAUAUUUGAAUAAGAGCUCUCAAAAUCGAGCAGAGUUUGGUGCAAAUUACAAUGGUCUUAGGAUUCCAGAAGCUGGUUCAGACGUAACAGCUUCUUUGAAUCUGGAAAGAGGUCUGUCUGGAAAAAUAGAUAAUGAAGCAAUAAAGACAGUGACAAGUGUUUUGCCAGUAGGAAGCCAACUAGUGGCUGAACAUGAAUCAUUUGGUGCGGUGGGUGGACAGUCCUCAGAGAGACAGACUUCCCAAAGUCAGAAGCAGCUCAGAGGCAAGAAUACAAGCAACCCACUGCCUGAAAAAGAAUUAGAUACUGUUGACUUGCAUGCAGUGUCCACUCAUGUCAAUGGCCAAAGAAACGAUUGUGUGGAAGUUCCUGAUGUUAAAAAAACCAAUAGUCUUGUAAAGCCUAAACGGAUAUUAAUUCAAGAAGCAGACCUUGAGUCAAGAAAAGCAAGAUACGUCAAUGCCGUCCUUAGCCAUGCUAGCUCUGUCCCGUCUCUCAUCGACCCAGUCCAUGAGUUGCACAUCCUGGUUGACACAGUCGCAUCGGAAUCCAGUUACGACCACCCAACAGACUUGACCGUAAGGAACUACAGCAAACGGAGUCACAGCAAAACUCAGAGGUUCAGUCUCAGCCAGUGGGUGGAGCGCAGCAAGCGCAACUUUGGCCGGUUUGAUGGCCUUCCUGAUCGCUUUGAGCGCAGCCCAACCCUCAGCUAAAAAGACCCCUUUUAUUCAGAGUUGUUCUUUAAAUGUUUCGGUACCAGCAGUUCAAUUUGUUUAAUGUGUGUGUGUUACUAUUAACAUGAAGGCCAGUUUAAUGUAUUUGUUUUUAUUACAAAUACUUGUUUGUUUUGUCUUAAACAUUUUUCACGGCUGAAUAUUUUAGAAAUGUUGUAUUUUUACUAUUCUGUUUCAUAUUGCACCUUGAAUAUGUUAUAAAUGUUUAUUUUAAAAUUCUGGGACCUCUUCUCCUUUUUCCCCUUCUACGCUUGACUAUGUCCAGAUUAAUUGUUUACCUUCUCCGUUUUUAAAAUUUGAUGGAAAUUCUAGGCGCUCUGACUUUGUUACACUUCGACAAUGAAGAACAAAGAUACCAAACAUCUCACGUUCCUUCAGAUACAGAACUUUUAAUGGAGUCCAUUCACACAUUCAACUGCUAAGGUCUGAGGCUACAAG